AUGGGGGACUCUCCAACAAAUGCCAUGGAUGGAGGCAUAGACACGUGCUGCAAAGACACACAGACCGAACUGGCAGAGCGGGUAGCAGCCAUAGAUGUGGCUGUUGGCCCAGACAGAAGUGACCAAAAUGGUGAAGACAACACUGAAGAAAAUGACACAGUCUUUUCUGAUAACAUAAAAGACAUCCAAAGAAAUGGAGUCAACAGUGACGUGGGAAUGAAUGCAUUUCUGCCUUCCCAACGGUCAGAAGAUGCUCACUGGAGGCAUGUUCCCAAGAGACCUCUCACUAGACCCAUCCUAUCAAGCAGGAAGUUGUCUCUCCAGGAAAGAUCAUCAGGAGGUUAUUUGGCUUCUAGCAACACUACAGGUUAUGGUCCUUAUGCCACAGGGCCAUCGCCACGUAUAAUGAGGAGACCAACGAUAGAGUCCAAUCGGGUCUCCAUAUCAGAUUCUGAGGACUGCGUGCAAUUAAACCAGUACAAGCUGCAGAGUGAAAUAGGCAAGGGUUCCUACGGUGUUGUGAAACUGGCCUACAAUGAGAAUGAUGACAAGUAUUAUGCUAUGAAAGUCCUCUCCAAAAAGAAGCUCUUGAAGCAGUAUGGAUUUCCACGUCGGCCUCCUCCCAGAGGGUCAAAAGCGUGCUCCGGAGAGCAGCCAAAACCCAUGGCACCACUGGACAGAGUCUAUCAGGAAAUAGCCAUCUUAAAGAAACUGGACCAUAUCAACAUUGUUAAGCUGAUAGAGGUCCUUGAUGAUCCUGCAGAGGACAACUUGUACAUGGUGUUUGACCUCCUAAGAAAAGGGCCUGUCAUGGAGGUACCAAGUGAUCAGCCCUUCAGUGAGGAGCAGGCUCGGCUCUACUUCCGAGACAUUGUCCUGGGCAUCGAGUACUUGCACUACCAGAAGAUCAUUCACCGGGACAUCAAGCCUUCCAACUUACUCUUAGGAGAUGAUGGGCAUGUCAAAAUUGCUGAUUUUGGCGUCAGCAAUCAAUUUGAAGGGAAUGAUGCCCAGCUUUCCAGUACGGCAGGGACACCAGCCUUCAUGGCACCAGAGGCCAUUUCAGACACUGGCAAAAGUUUCAGUGGAAAGGCACUUGAUGUGUGGGCCAUGGGAAUUACCCUGUACUGCUUUGUUUACGGGAAGUGCCCUUUUAUAGAUGAAUAUAUUCUGGGUCUUCAUAACAGGAUCAAGAACAAACCUGUAGAGUUCUCAGAAGAAACACAGAUAAGUGAAGAGCUCAAGGAACUGAUCCUACGCAUGCUCGAUAAAAAUCCAGAAACAAGGAUAACAGUCCCUGAAAUUAAGGUGCAUCCGUGGCUAACCAAGGGUGGCGAGGAGCCCCUGCCGCUGGAGGAAGAGCACUGUACCGUGGUGGAGGUGACAGAGGAGGAGGUGAAGAACUCUGUGAAGACAAUCCCAAGUUUGCCAGCUGUGAUCCUAGUGAAGGCCAUGCUAAGAAAGCGCUCCUUUGGAAAUCCAUUCGAGGUUCAGACCAGGCGGGAGGAGAGGUCCAUGUCUGCUCCAGGGAACUUACUGAUAAAACAAGGGAGCAGAGAAGGAGGCAGGGACCCGGAGCUGCCUGAUGUGUGUGAAGACGAAGCUACAUCCUGAAGCUGCCUGGCUGUCGCAGGCUGGUUGCUCGCGUGCUGCUGCUGUUGUACCCAUCGUGGUGUUGUCUAGCACACAUCUGCCCUCACCGCCAAGUCCAGGGCCUGCAAAGCAAAAAAAAAAAACAAACCCUAAAAUGGACCAACCCAGAAAAACAGAAAGGAGGAACAGAGCGGCAAUAAGGAGAAGAGCGAGUCCUCGGGCAGCGCAGCUGGCAGAGGGCUGGCUCGGCCUGCUGCAUUCCUCGUGCGAGGUGUCCAUG